UAAAUAUUUUUACUAGUAGUUUCCUCUUACCCGCCCGUUCGUGAUGACGUCACGUCCGCUUCCUGGUAAAGAUGGCGGCCGCCAGUCUGCCAGACUCUGCUCCCCCGGAGUCUGGAAACGUUGCGAUAAAGACGGAGCCUUUAGACGGGGAUGGCGUGCCGCCGACGCCGCGGGACGUGCCGGUUAAACGCGACCCGGUGGUGCCGCUGCUGUCCCCGGCGAGCGGGCUGCAGCCUCUCCGCUGGUCUCCGGAUCACCGCCUGGCUGUGUGCACCUCCAGCUCCCUGUCCGUGCUGGAGCUGCUCUGUGACAUGCACAGCAGCAGGCAGGACCUGAGCCUCAACAGAACCUCCAUCCCCGUCCCGACCCAGACCCACAAGCUGCGGGUCGGACCGCCAGACGAGCUGUCGCAGGCUGUAAAGAAGUUCUCGUUGGAUCCGGACCCGACUGUGCGGCAGGUCUUUCUGGCGGACACGGUGAUCAACCCGUCAGUCGGGGUUCACAGCGGGAUGAAGUUCGCCAGCUGGUCUCCGUUGGGCUGCGACUCGUCCGGCCGCUGCCUCCUCGCCUGCCUGACGCUCGAUAACUGCCUCACCGUCCACAGCAGCCGCGGCCACCUGGAGUGGAAACUGCUGGUCAAUCUUACCGAGAGCUACGGCGAGCGGCUAAAGCAGCGAGGCUACGCCAAGAAGGAUAACAACCCCCCGCAGGCGGACCUGUUGGACCUCGGCGAGCUACAGCGGCGGUUCCGCAUGCAGACCCCUGUGAAGAUGGAGUGGUCGAGCAUUUACACCAUCAAAAAGGUCCAGGCGGACAACAGCUGCGUGGAUGAAGAGAUGGUUCUCCUCGCCGUCCUGAUGGAAAACGGUGACCUCGUGUUGUGGAAGUUCGUGCUGCCGUUCGCGGACGGAGACGACGUCGUCUUCUACGACCUCAUCGAGUCCGGCGUGAGCAGACCCAGCGACUUGGCAUGGUGGGAGUACGAGAACGGCAGUCAGCGGAUGGGGGGGCUGAUCGUCGGUAGCGAGGUUGGACCCGUCAAGAUCAUGCCGGUCAGCCUGUCCAAAGUGAAGGGCUACUGCACGCUCCGGCUCCCCGUCAUCCUGUGGAAGGAGUGCGACGAGAUCGCAGUGGAAAACAUCCGGUGCUUCCCGGUGAUCCACCCGAUCCAUAAAACCAGCUGCAGCCUCAUCCUCGCCUCCAGGGGUUGCUACAUCUUCUGGUGUUUGCUGAUGAUUUCACCAAACGGACUCAACAUUCAUAAUUCCCACAUAACGGGACUCAACUCGCUGCCUGUCGUCUCCUUGGCAGUCAGUCAGCAGGAAGUCGCGGUCUACUCCUGCUCCAUGGACGGCUGGAUCAAAAAGCUGACGCCAACGUUCACGGAGAGCUCUGUUAUCUUCAAAGUAGAGGACUUGGCUCAGCCAGAGACCCUUACAGGACGAUGGAUACACGGGAUUGCUGUUAGCCACAACGGCGCGUACGUUGCUCUGGUCAGCGCCCCGGGGAUCGUCGGUAGCUUCCACCCUUUCCACAAGAACUACCAGAUACACUUCCUGAUGCUGAAAACUCCUGAAGCGGCUGCAUCGCUCCUGCUGAAGUCCCCCGAGCAGAACCUGUUCAAAACGGCGGACUUGCUCGAGCUAGUGAGGUGGCAGGUUCUGAAAACCAAACAUGUCCCUGCGUCGCUCCAGGAGGAGCUCGACCGUAAACUCCAGGAAGUGGACUCGCCGUACUUGUGGCGCAUCAAGCUCUUUUUGGCGCGAGUUCUUCACCUGACCCUGCAGGCGCCACGCACAGAGCACAAAUGGAAACCAAGGCGGACGGCGGUCAAAGUGUUGGUACAGGAAGAGGAAGAGGACGAGGCUGUGGAGAGGGUGGAGGGCGAGGCUGGUGGAGUCGAGGGGGAAGCAGAGGACCGAAGGACCGAGGUUCAGACUCUGAUGCAAGCGGCAGAGAUGCAUCUGAUGAGGGAUCACAUGAAGAAGGUUUUGGGCGUCGUCUACCUCAACACCUGGGUGCCUCAGAACAUCUGCAUCCCCACCUGCGGCCUGAUGGACUACCUGUCCAGGGAUCCCAACGACAAAGAUUCAGAGGUUCUGAUCGGCCACAUCCGGAAGAAGCUCAACAAGCAGACGUUCCCGGAGCGCUGCAGCCUCUGUCAAGCCCCGCUGCCCUUCACCGACUGCAAACAAGCCGUCUGCGAAAACGGACACAUGUGGCUCAGGUGCGUGUUGUCAUACCAGGCCUGCCAGACGCUGACGUUCAGACGCUGCCUCCUGCAGGAUUGCAUUGCCAGACUGCCAGAGCCUGAGGGUAAGCGCCACUUUCCAUCCUCCUCCUCCUCCGUUUCGCAGGCCUGUCACCCUCAGCGACAGCCUUCGCCCCGCGCCGCCGCUCAGAUCCACGCCUGGCAUGUCGGGUUUCCACCCGCUUGAGGAGUUAAUACCUAAUAACCAGCGACCGCUUUAGAAAUUGGCUUCAUUUGCUCCGUUUCUGCGUCCCUUUUUUCUUUAAUUUAGUUCCUCCGCCACAUUUUUUAAACAUUUAUUGUAUCAUCUGUAAUCUGUCGUGAUAAAUGUCUUAUAUUUAUAAGAUUCUGAUUAAUUGUUGUCACAAUAACUUCCUAUCAAUAAUGUUUAGCAUCACCCAAAAUUGUCCAGUUUUAGUUUUACUAUUUCUCUCCACUGUUUGAUCAAUUCAUAAGAAAAUAAAUAAAGUAA